GGGGCCGGGGCCGGGGCCGGGGCCGGGGCCGGGGCGCGCCGACAGCGGCCCGCUAUGAGAGACGCGCCGCGAGCCGGAGGCAAAUAUUGAAAAAUAGAAUCUUAAAUCUGAGACUAUUCUGAAGGGAGGUAAGGAACUGCAUCUGUAUAAAAACAUCUGAUUGUUUCAAAGAAUGGAUGUAAUAUACACAAGGUAUAAGGUAACUUGAAAUACUUAAAUAAUUAUGUCAAAUUGUUCUAAGCAAAGUGGCAAGAAAAAAUAACAAUUGAACUGGCAGGCGCAGUAUUCCGUUGCUCACUGGAAAAGUAUUGGUAGCUGAUUCAGUUCUGAAGAGGGUUGGUGCUUUGAGGAAAAGAACCUGAGGAGUGCUGAAGACAGUAAAUUUAAAGGUGGUCUUCUGGAAUUAUGUGGGCAGCAACUUCAUGGAACUUGACCACCGAAUCCACUUGCUGCUCCAUGGCUCUUCAGAAAUCCCAUAGCGUUAAAUUUACACAUUGUUGAAUAGAAAAAUUGCACAAGUUUAACUUACUCAAGCAGUUAAUGUUGGUUUUUCAUAGUGACAUUUAAAUUUCUGCCAUUUCUAAUUACAAUAAUGUGCAAAUUUCAGGUGUGCAUUUGAAAAAGUUGUAUUACUGCUAAAAGGGCUGUUAAUCUGUUGGUAAGACGUCUGGAUUAUGUGAGAAUACAGAUGUGAAAAUCUGGGAGCUCUUAGCUGAGAUUCUGUCAUGUACUUAUUAUGUUGUUACAAAUACACGAGGAACAAGCAGGAAAAGUUCUGUGCGGCACAGCACAACACUAAAUUUGUAAUGAAAUGGAGUCUGGGUCAAGCUCCUUUCGAGUGGAAUUUCCAGAUUUUUCUAGCACCAUUUUGCAGAAGUUAAACCAACAGCGCCAGCAAGGACAAUUAUGUGAUGUGUCCAUUGUGGUUCAGGGCCAUCUCUUCAGAGCCCAUAAAGCUGUUCUUGCAGCUAGUUCACCUUAUUUCUGUGAUCAGGUUCUCCUGAAAAACAGCAGGCGAAUAGUCCUGCCUGAUGUGAUGAAUCCAAGAGUAUUUGAAAACAUUCUUCUGUCUACGUAUACAGGCCGGCUGGUAAUGCCCGCGCCAGAAAUUGUUAGUUAUCUGACAGCAGCAAGUUUCCUCCAGAUGUGGCACGUAGUGGAUAAGUGCACGGAAGUGCUUGAGGGAAACCCAACAGUUCUGUGUCAGAAGAUGAAUCAUGGCAGUGACCAUCAGUCCCCAAGCAGUAGUAGCUACAAUGGCCUUGUUGAAACCUUUGAGAUUGGCUCUGGAGGACAGACAGAAUUCCACAAAGUGCAGGAACUAAGGGAUGGCGAAAAUGAAGAAGAGAGCUCUAAAGAUGAGCUGUCAUGUCAGCUGACAGAACACGAGUACCUUCCCAGUAAUUCUUCAACAGAGCACGAUAGACUUAGCACUGGAAUGACCAGUCAGGACGGGGAAGAGGGAACUAGUGAUAGCGCAGAGUACCAGUACAGCAGACCGAUGUAUAGCAAACCCAGUAUCAUGUCUCACAAGCGGUGGAUCCAUGUGAAACCAGAAAGGUUUGAACAAGACUGUGAAGGCGUUGAUAAUCCUUAUGAUGAACACCAAGUUUCUGAAUCCGUGAAUACCAUCCAGGCAGAUCACUCAAUCCAGUCUUCAGGUGUUGAAGAUUUUCACAUAGGUGACAAAAAGAUGGAAGCAGAAUUUGAUGAACAGGCAGAUGAAAGUAAUUAUGAUGAACAAGUUGACUUCUAUGGCUCGUCUAUGGAAGAAUUUUCCGGUGAAAGGGCAGAUGGCAAUUUAAAUGCUCACAGACAGGAUCUCAUGAUGGCAGCAGGCUAUGGUGAAAGCAUUGACAUGGCUGCCGGGAUUAAAGAAGAAACGUCUCUCACUGGAUUCUCCCAUGCCGAUAAGCUCUAUCCUUGUCAGUGUGGAAAAAGCUUUACACACAAAAGUCAGAGAGAUCGGCAUAUGAGUAUGCACCUUGGUCUUCGACCUUAUGGCUGUGGUGUCUGUGGUAAGAAAUUCAAAAUGAAACACCAUCUUGUAGGCCAUAUGAAAAUUCAUACAGGCAUAAAACCAUACGAGUGUAACAUCUGUGGGAAAAGGUUUAUGUGGCGGGACAGUUUUCAUCGGCAUGUGACCUCUUGUACCAAGUCCUAUCAGGCUUCUAAAGCUGAGCAGAGUACUACUGAGAUGAACUAAGAUAUUAGUGCUUACAUUUGUUUAGUAGAGUAAGAAAAAUAAACAAAUUAUGCAAAUAAUGUCUGGUACUUGCUAUUGUAUGUUCUCAAAACAAAAGUUUUAAUAAGUAUGCCGGUAUAAACAGAUCAAAUGUAUUUUGCUUCUUGCAAUAUUACUUCAGGUGUUUAUUGUGGGAAGUGCAUGUGGUUAAUCCGAAAGGUGCCUGCAAAAUGAGGUCUGAGAUUGAUUGUAAUCACAGCAGUAUUUGGAAGUUGUCUUGUAUUUCCAAGUCAUCUAAAUUCACAGUAAAACUCAGCUCUAAGUUGACAAAAAUCUUGAAAAUACUUAGAUGAACAAGAAAUUCAGGUAGUACUCCUUAAUGGAAAAGAAAUCUGAGAUGACCAAACUGGCUUAUACGAUUUACAUUUAAAUGAAGAAAAAAAAAAAGAGAAUUCCACCUCAAGGUGAAGCAUCAUUAGGUAAUGUGCAUCAUUUAGUAGCCUUUGUUGUAUUGCUUAAUGAAAGGCAGUGGUAAAGGUGGUUUACAUUUCCGUUAUCCAUCUUCUUUUUUUUAAAUUAAUCUUCAGUAAAACAAAUAUCUAAUUUUGUGCUGAUUUCUGUUUAGAGUCUGUAAUGCACUUACAGUUUUCACUAUAUAAACUUCAGUAUAUAUUAAGUACACUUUAUACUUGCUCUUCUAGGGUCUAAUGCUGUACGACUCUUGACUUGAUUAGAUUUUAAUUACUAUGUUGUGAGAGCUUCUAGAAGUGUGUGUAAUAACUAUGUCUUAUUAAAAAAUAAGACACCAACUAAAGUAAAAUGUAACAUUUGGAACUUAGUCAAAAUAAUCAAAUAUUUAAAGUGUAAAUUUCUGUUCAAAUUUUUGUGGCUUACUACAGUAGCAAGUACCAAACUCUGGAUUCAUGAACUGACUCGUUAUUGGUACAAAAACUUCUGUGAGAACUUUUAUCUUGUUUUAGAAACCUGCUUUAGGAAAAUUGCGUAGUCAUUGAUAGGUAUUUAUACUUUUAAUUCUUUACUCUUUGAAUAGUAUAUAAUACUGAUUCUUGGUACUGAACUACUGUGACUGGUGAUCACAAGCAGAGUUGCUUGCUUCCUCAAAGUUGCUUGUGGAAAAAAGUAGGAAGUAUGUGAUUUGGAUCUUCUGAUGGUACUGCAGAACAUGGUACCAUGCUUAUGUCUGAAGCUGGUAUUUUUGCUGGGAAAGUGACACUUGUUCUGUGUUAAGAUGAGGAUCUGUGUGGGGGCUCUCAUUCAUGGAGAUAGAUGGAGGGGUGUGUAUGGUUCUAAGGGAUGCUGCCAGCUCUGCAGAUUGAGUAAAGGCAUCAGUUGUAAAGGUGACAACAGGAUUUUGGGGUUGAAAGCUUAAUGCAGUCCAAUGCAAAAGCAAUUGCUUCUUAGUAAGCAAAAAGCCUCUUUGUAGCUUACUGAAAUAAGACAGGGAAAGAACAUACAUAGAAUAUAAUAGAAAGAGCUGAUAACCAAGUACAGUGCUGUCCACAUGGGGAAAAAGUUAACCAGCAUUAAAGACAAGCCUGUCUGACCCCAGUUUCUGUAUUAGGCACUGCUGUGUGCAGGAUAAUGUACUGAACAGAUGACCCUGCAUGGUGAAGCAAAACCACACAAAGAUUAUUACACUUCAGAUUCUUUUUUGAACUCCCAGUAACAAAUUGUCUUAAGAUACAACUGAACUGUAUCCUGAAAGUGAAUGUCUGCUGCAAGCUGAGGGUUUUCUACUCAGUGAGCUGUAAUUACUGUAAUUUCUUUACUGGCAUUCUACUUAAAAACUUUUUUUUUUUUUAAGAGGCUCUUAAUUAUUAAUCUUCUAAUGCUUCAAAUAUUUUUUCAUAUGGAAUUUUGUUAAAACAGAUGUUCCCACGUACAAUGAACCCAUUGCUGGCAAUGGGCAUGAAUGAUCAGCACCACAGAGUUCCUGUUCUUAGCACUUAAUUGAACUCCACAAAUACCAUGGUGGCCAUGUUUAACCUUUGUGACCAAGGUACUGAAACAGGGAUUUUGCUCACUAACACUGUAACCUGCUUAAUGUAUAGCACUUUGUAUUUAAACAAAACAAAACCAAAAAAAAAAAAAACAAAAAACCUACAAAAAAACCACAAAAACAAAAAAAACCCCAAAAAACAAAAACAACAAACCAAACCAUAAUACUUUAUAAGUAUGUUUUUUAAACUUAGAAAUUAUAUUCCCUCUAUGGUUUGUUUACACACUGCUAACACUGUCCUUUUUAAUACUAAAAAA